AUGUCUGGCAAUAUAGUUAGAUCACCUGAACGCAUCGACAAAAAGGUUUUGGUGGAUCUAAUGAAAGAUAAAAGCAAAGUUCCCGGAGUUGAUUAUUUGGUUGUUGACGUUCGCGAUGAUGAUUAUGUGUCUCAAAUUCGGGGACCAAAAUGUGCAAGAAAAUACUAUGAGAGAUUGUCCGCUAGAGAUAUUGCAUCAAACACCAAGAUUCAUAUAUUGAAAGGGGGAUUCCACGAAUGGCAAUACAAUUAUAAAGAUGAUCCGGAGUUGGUGAAAGAUUACGAUUACGAAUAUUCGGA